AUGAGCGAUUGGCAGGAUCGCACCUCUCCUGCCGCCAUGAAUAUCGAUCGAUUAAUACGUUUCCUCCAUGUUUGCGUUCCGCGGGCGUCUCACCUUCUCCCCUCCUCCUAGGCAAGCGCUGAGCGAGGUGACCGCGGCGCUCCGGGAACGCCUCCAUCGCUGGCAGCAGAUCGAGACUCUCUGCGGCUUCCAGAUCGUCAACAACCCCGGAAUCCACGUCCUGAUGACGUCGCUGAACAUCGACCCCAGUCUGAUGGGCGGGGCCCGGCCUGCCCCCACCCACUUUAUCAUGACCGAUGACCUGGACGACCUUGAUGAGGAGAUUGUGUCCCCCAUCAGCAUGCAGUCACCCAACCUGGCCAGCCCUGCGGCAGCGGCACGUGGACUCCGGGCAUUCCACCAUGGGAUCGCUGAGGGACUUGAGUCACUCAGACUCCGAUUCUUCUCUGCCAUACAUGAGCGAGCUGCGGCACAGCAAAAUCCCCAGCGGGAAAGUGACCCAGAAGGCCCUGGAGGAGCUGCCAACCAGCAGCCAAACGCCCAAUGGCGGCAACCGCCACCUGGAGCUAUCUAACUUGGGCACCCUCCAACAGAGACUGUCCGAGAGCCCUCAGCUGGAGAAGAAGCUGAUGGAGAAAUCUGCCAGCUUAGGGGAGAUCAGUAUGGUUGGAACCGUCCAGUCCCACUCUGACUCGUCGAGGUCCCACAGCCCCAGCUCCACCGAGGCCGAAACGCCCUCCCCCGGCACAGAAUCCAAACACAACCACAAGAGCACGCGCAUCCCUCAGCUGGCGGGUAAAAAGAAUCUAACGGAGGAUGACAGCGGGUCAACCGGAGAAGAGAACGACCCAAGUUCCAGCAAGAAGAAGCUGACUCUCAACAUCUUCAAGAAGCCAAAGAAAUAA